UAUUCAUGAACGCCAACAUCAGCUGGUCAGUGACCGCCACUUAAGUAUUAACCACACACUUCUGUUAUCUACACAAACACAGAUGCUUUAUUCACAUACACUGGUCUUGCAAAUAAAACAUAAUUGCAAUUAAUUCGAAAGGGUGCUGUACAAAUACUUCUCGUAAGUCGUGUGUGUAACAUGGAUGGAUUUACUGAAAAAGUUAUUAUUAACAUGCAAUCAUGGAUUGUUUUUAUCACAACCUGCAUUGAUUUACCGAAAUGAGAAACGUUUUAAUUAAGAAAAUUGCAAUCACCUCUUUAACCUUAUGAUAGCGCUUCUUUUCAUCUUUCAGGCUACAACUGUAAAUAAUAUCUGGUUGCCAUUUAAAACUAUGCAUCUUAAGCUAUUUGAUUUGCCCUGUAUGUUCAUUGUAAACAUGUUUACUAACAGAAAAUGUUUAUUUAUUUUAUUUCAAGGUUGUUAGCCAGGCCCCUGCCCAUCUUCCAAAGGUGUAAUGAUCCGAGUUCGACGUCUCAGGGUCUGGUUUCUCCUAGUUUUUCUUGUCUUCUUCGUUACCGUUCCAUACUUCUGGAUGAUGACCAGUAGUAAGGUUAUCCACAAAGACGUCUUUUACAACGAACCGAUGCGUAUAAAAGAGGGCGAUAUUGCUGGGACCAUUCCGAAGGAAGACCGAUCAUCGAAUGAAUUGAAUGUAAUUCAAUAUUUUGAGUGUGAGAAAUUGUUUGCAAAUGAUCCUGUGGAAAUGUCGAAAGCGAGUGCAUUUUUACAGCUAAGGAAUUUCACCUUUCCUCGACGCCGGGAUGAAAACUAUAUAGAUCUGACAAUGAACUGUGAUAUUUUCAAAGAGUCAAGAGGAUAUUUUGUUUACCCACCAACACAAGAAGAGAAAUCAUUUCCGAUUGCUUUUAACAUACUGUUCCAUCAAAAUGUAGAACAAUUGGAACGAUUAUUGCGUGCAAUAUACAGGCCUCAAAAUCAGUAUUGUAUUCAUGUCGACGGGAAAACAUCUGAGGAUGUAUUAAAUAUAGUCACACAAAUUGCUUAUUGUUUCCCCAAUGUGUUCAUAGCAUCUGAAUUGGAAAUUGUGAUAUACGCCAGUGCAACAAGGUUGUCCGCUGAUAUAAAUUGCAUGAAAGAUCAUGUUAACAAUCGAUUUCAGUGGAAUUAUUUACUAAACCUUGCAUCUAGUGAAUAUCCAAUCAUGACCAACCUUCAAAUCGUCCAAAUAUUAAAGCAGUUCAAUGGAUCAAACGAUAUACACGAGGUUUUCUCGACAAUGGACGAGGGUAGAUUCAAAAGGAAGUAUUACACAUUUAUUGACCUUUAUGGCAAAUCGGGGUACAUGAUCCACACGGACAAACAGAAAGAACCUCCACCACAUAACCUCAAAAUCACCAAGGGAAAUGCAUACAAUAUAUUUAGCAGGGCUUUUGUUGAAUGGUUUUUGUCGAACCAAAUGGCAAGGGACCUUCUUGGCUGGUCAAUGGAUACUCUUACCCCGGAUGAGCAUUUUUGGGCAACAUUGAAUAACAUCUACAGCAAUCCACAUUUGAAAACGCCAGGCGGAUACACUGGACAUCCGGAUACCAAGCCGUUCUUUGCACGCUACAUUGGAUGGAACACCUCGAUCCAUCGGGAACGAUGCAAGGGAGGCCACUACGUUCAUAAUAUAUGCAUAUUCAGCGUACUUGACCUUCCAAAUAUCAAGGACAGAUAUGAGAUUAUUGCCAAUAAAUUUGAUAUUGAGUAUGACCCCAUUGCUUACAGGUGUAUGGAGGAAUUCACAUUGAACAAUGUGUUGAAUGAGAAACUAAUCAGUAACCCAAAACGAUAUAGAAAGUUAGCAUUACUUUCCAGAUAAUAAUUUGUGUCCUUUCUCCGGUACCAAUUAAAUACACUAUCCUGAGUAUAUUCUGAACGUGUUUUUCUUACAUUUCACACCGUUUGAACCAAUAAUUAAUGAUUUACAGAACAAGGGAAACGCUCCGUCGAUAAUUAGAACUGGUUUGCCACGAAUGGUUCUUAUAUUUAUUUUUAGUAAACGAUUAAAACGUUCGCCACAUAGUCAUCAUCGCAAGGUUAAACAAUUCUUACCUUUAUUUUCAACAUUUAAGAACAAGAUGUAAGCCACCAAGAACACUAUUUAUCGUUUAAGGUAUUCAGCAGUAUCCCUUCAAAAUCAUUUCAAUGUAUCCCGUUAUUGUUGUCAACAACAUUCAAGAAAUACCAGGGGCCAAUAAAUAUGGAAUGAAUAUGUAGAAAUGCAGUUUUUUUUCCAUAAAAUAUUAAAUAACUUAAUCUAAAACUGUGUCUACAUUAAUUUUGAUAUCACAAUAAACAGAUCAUGGCUUUGCCUUUAAGAUUUAAAUCGGACAGGACUUUAAAAGCAGGAUUUUGCGAAAGACGCAUUUUUGACAUGCGCCUCACGUGCUACCCCGACACAUAUUUAGUUUAAAUGUCUUCCCCUAUGAAUAUGCUGGAAUAAUAAAUAUUUUUGUUUGAAAUUGAGCGUUCUGGUAUCUUUCAUCAGCAUUUGUUCUCCCAUAUUGACACGAAAUAUAUAUAGGUAAAACUUA